AUGGCAUCCAUUCACCGCAACCAUCACUCGCAGUCCCACCAACACCACCACUCGCCGCCCCAUAUUGAACGGCAAGAACACGAUGAAGUCACCACCCUCCCCUCCGACCCUCUUUUAGGUGAACCCCACGAGUACACAAUCACCGCCUUUGGUCCUCCGCCUGACGCGGCGGAACCAAAUCAGUCGCCAACACCCUUGCCUCCGCCGUCCUCCGGCAUCAUGCCACUUUUGAAGGAAGAGCCGGCAGACUUAGAGAGGUCCCUCGCAGUGACACCAUCGCCUCCGCCACCGACGGGUGCGUUGGUGGCGGCGCCACCUAAGAGGUCCACCAAGGAUCGCCACACCAAAGUUGAGGGCCGUGGUAGGAGAAUCCGCAUGCCAGCGGCUUGCGCUGCCAGAAUCUUCCAACUGACGCGAGAGCUAGGCCACAAGUCCGACGGAGAGACAAUCCGCUGGCUUCUUGAACGGGCUGAGCCCGCCAUAAUCGAAGCCACCGGCACCGGAACCGUUCCGGCCAUCGCAGUCUCCGUCAACGGCACGCUAAAAAUCCCUACGACACCCAGCACCGCUUCCACCUCCCCAGAAGCUGCCGGAGAUGAAGCUAGAAAGCGACGUAAAAGGCCUCAAAGCAGUGAGUUUUAUGAUGUCUCUGAUUCCUCCAAUCUUGCCCCUGUGGCACCCAUUGCACCGCAAGGGCUUGUUCCGGUAUUCCCAACCGGCACAUUUUUCAUGAUCCCGCCUACGGGUGGCACCGCAACCAUCACGGCUGCUGGGCCGUCAAACCAACCCCAGUUUUGGGCCAUACCUGCCACAGCAACACCGGUUUUCAACAUUUCUGGGAGGCCCAUCUCGAAUUUCGUUUCGGCAAUUCAAGCGGGAAUGAACAUGAGUUUCAGUACUAGCACCACCACCACCACCACCACCACCACUAAUCCAACCGCCGUAGUUGGUGGUGCGGUUGCAUCUACUGAUAACACUGAAAGCGGUGAAAACUCUGGUGGAAAGAUUUCAAUUUCAACAACAAUGGCACCAAGUUCAAGCUCUGUAACGAGUAAAACCACAGUAGCAACUGGUACGCAAAUGCUUAGGGACUUUUCGCUGGAGAUUUAUGACAAAAAGGAGCUUCAGUUUAUGGCCGGUUCAGAAUCUGGAAAUCAUGAACAGACCCCAUCUUCUAAACCUUGA